CCCGGCUACAAAGAUACACCUGCUGAGUUUCCCACUCUCAACUUGCUCAACAACAGUGAACAUGAAGUUGGCUAUCCUGAUCUGCGUUUCUGUUCUCAUUUGCCUCUCUGCGGCAGAACCACAACCAAGAGAGGAAAGCGAUACUCCUGAUUUUGGAUGUACUCGUGAGUACAUGCCAGUGUGUGGAGACGAUGGUAUCACAUACUCCAAUGAGUGCAUGCUACGCUGGGAGAGCAAGUUACGUAACCAGGUCGUCAAUGUAAAGCACGAAGGAAAAUGUGAAACCCUCUGAUUUCACUGCUGUGACAGCUGGCAUCCACAAUGGCUUUCCAUUUAAAUACUACAGCAACCAGCAUGAUUUUCUGUCAAAUAUUAAUCAUUAUCAUAUAAGGUCAUAUGCUAUAAUUUGGAACAUAAUCAGACAUUGAUUUGUUAACAUGUAAUGUCAUACAAUAAAACAGUGAAGCAUUUAAGAGCUCUAUUUUAUUACAAUCUGAUUAAAAAGUAUAGUUUCGAAUAAACCACAUUCAAACUCUGAA